AUUAUUCGAUAUUUUUUUUCCCCAAUAGAUUUAAUCGCAAAUUUCCCCUCCUCGUCCUGCACCAAACCCUUAACCCUGCGACUCAAAAUCCCCUUCCCUUCCCUUCCACUGUCUCUUCCGUUUUUCUCACACAAUGAAACGCUUAGCAGAUAGCGUUCCCGUAGCACCCUCCUCCUCCUCGUUGCCGCCCAAAAAACCCGUUUUCUUGACGAAAGCCCAACGCGAGCAGUUAGCCCUCCAACGCCGUCAAGAAGAAACCGAAGAUCAGAAACGCCGUCAAAGUCAUGUUCUCUCCAAUCUCUCCCAUUCCCGCCCUUCCUCCGACGCCGCACCACCCACAGCAACCGCCAAUUCCGACCGAGACAGGGACCGGGACCGAGACAGAGACAGAGAUAGAGACCGGGAUCAUAGGGACCGAGACAGGGACCGAUAUUCCCGAGACAGAGACCGGGAACGAGAUUCGGAGCGGCGAAACCGCGACCGCGACCGUGAUAGGGAGCGGGAGGAGGAGGCCAAGGUUCGAGAGCGUGCCCGCUUGGACAAAUUAGCAGAGCGCGAGCGAGACAAAGAGCUGGACGCCAUUAAAGAGCAGUAUCUCGGAUCGAAGAAGCCGAAGAAGCGGGUCAUCAAGCCCAGCGAGAAGUUUCGGUUCUCUUUCGAUUGGGAGAACACGGAGGACACUUCUCGGGAUAUGAAUGCUUUAUAUCAAAACCCUCACGAGGCCCAGCUCUUGUUUGGGCGAGGGUUUCGGGCUGGGAUGGACCGGAGGGAGCAGAAGAAGCUGGCUGUGAAGUACGAGAGGGAGCUGAGGGAGGAGAUCCGGAAGAAGGAGGGCGUGGAGGAGAAGCCCGAGGAGGCCAUGGCGCAGAAGCUCAAGGAGGAGGCUGCAGAAUUAUACGAUACUUUCGACAUGAGGGUCGAUCGCCAUUGGACUGAUAAGAAGCUUGAAGAGAUGACUGAGAGGGAUUGGAGGAUUUUUCGGGAGGAUUUCAAUAUUUCAUAUAAAGGGUCGAGGAUUCCGAGGCCUAUGAGGAGUUGGGCAGAGAGUAGAUUGAGUGAGGAGUUGCUUAAGGCUGUGGAGAGAGCUGGUUACAAGAAGCCUUCUCCGAUUCAGAUGGCUGCGAUUCCACUUGGGCUGCAACAGCGCGAUGUUAUUGGCAUUGCUGAGACUGGUUCGGGUAAGACUGCUGCCUUUGUUCUUCCUAUGUUGACUUAUAUUUCGAGGUUGCCUCCCAUUAGUGAGGAGAAUGAGGCCGAAGGACCUUAUGCUGUUGUUAUGGCUCCUACUCGUGAGCUUGCACAGCAGAUUGAGGAUGAGACUGUCAAGUUUGCGCAUUUCUUGGGUAUCAAAGUGGUUUCCAUUGUUGGUGGGCAGUCGAUUGAGGAGCAAGGGUUUAGAAUUAGGCAAGGCUGUGAGGUUGUAAUUGCCACUCCUGGGCGUUUGAUUGAUUGCCUGGAGAGGCGUUAUGCUGUUCUUAACCAGUGCAAUUAUGUUGUUCUUGAUGAGGCUGAUAGGAUGAUUGAUAUGGGGUUUGAGCCGCAGGUUGUAGGGGUCUUAGAUGCAAUGCCUUCCAGCAAUUUCAAACCUGAGAAUGAGGAUGAAGAGCUUGAUGAGAAGAAGAUUUACAGAACCACUUAUAUGUUCAGUGCCACAAUGCCGCCUGCUGUAGAGCGGCUUGCUAGGAAGUACUUGAGGAAUCCUGUUGUGGUCACGAUUGGCACAGCUGGAAAGACAACUGAUUUGAUCACUCAGAAUGUGAUCAUGAGCAAGGAAUCUGAGAAGUUUGAGAGGUUAAAGAGGUUGCUUGAUGAACUUGGUGAUAAGACUGCUAUUGUGUUCGUUAAUACCAAGAAGAAUGCAGACUAUGUCGCUAAGAGUUUGGAUAAGAAUGGAUAUCGUGUGACCACUUUGCAUGGGGGUAAGUCACAGGAGCAGAGAGAAAUUAGCCUUGAUGGUUUUCGAGCCAAGAAAUACAAUGUCCUUGUUGCAACUGAUGUUGCAGGACGUGGGAUUGACAUACCUGAUGUGGCCUAUGUUAUUAAUUAUGAUAUGCCUGGGAAUAUUGAACAGUACACGCAUCGUAUUGGACGUACUGGGCGUGCAGGGAAGACUGGUGUGGCCACAACAUUCUUGACUAUGCACGACACUGAAGUCUUUUAUGAUCUCAAGCAGAUGCUCAUUCAGAGUAAUAGUCAUGUUCCUCCUGAACUGGCGAAACAUGAGGCCUCAAAGUUCAAACCCGGUUCAGUUCCUGAUAGACCACCUAGGCGUAAUGACACUAUUUUUACUCAUUGAGAAGCUAGGAGGUAAACAGACUUUUCAACAGAGGGCCCAACUUAUUACGCAAUGUGAUGCUGUUUUAGUGGCUGAGACAUCUUUGCCUACUGCUGGAACUGAAGAAGUGAGUUACUUUGAAUGGGAUUGUGCUUAUCUAUAAUUUUGAUUAUGAAUAUUUCUGCUGUACUGUAAUUGGCAAAUUGAUGUCAUGACUUUUUUCUUAUGAAACAAUGUUGUUAGUCCUGAUGACUAGUUAGAACCAGUAAAUUGUUUAUGACGAUAUCAGUUGGGAAUUUUUUUUUUUCUCUUCAUUGGUUUUUGCAAAUUACUGGUUUACUUUAUUGGGUGGGAGCACAAAUCCUUUAAAUAUUGCUGGCAUUGUUUGAUAUUUGGACUUUUUUAGUGCAUGCUAAAUUUGAUGACGACAUUUGAUAUUAA